AUGGCAUCUUAUCGGUUCAUAGCCAGUGCCCUAGCAUUAGUUCUUGCCCUGAGCAUCAAUGGGGGCUUAGCAGCUCGUCACCUGCUCGACACGACACCGCCACCAGCUCCGGCCCUGCCUACCAUUCCCAACCUGCCGACAGCUACCCUGCCACCGCUUCCCUCAAUGCCAAACCUGCCUAAGCCGGCUGCACUGCCGCCUCUCCCCGUCACUGCCCCAACGCUGCCUACUGCCACCCAACCGUCUCUUCCUAAGCCCGGUUCUCUACCCCCGCUCCCUAGCCUACCUACGACCAUGCCCAACCUCCCGAAGGCUACCAUGCCACCACCACUCCCCAGCCUGCAGCAGCCCACCAUCCCUAAGGCCGCAUUGCCGCCACUCCCCAACAUGCCUAACACCAUGCCAGUCGUACCAAAGGCCACUCUGCCGCCUCUCCCAAGCAUGCCAUCGAUCCCGGCCACCAUGCCAUCGAUCCCAUUCCUGUCUCCCCCACCGGCAACCUCGAGUCCUUGA